AUGGCACCAGUGCGAGUGCUGUUCUGCUUGAUAAUCAUCACACUCUACUUCCGCAGCGGCAACGCUGGCAAUUCUACACAGUCAUAUCACAGCAUCCAAUUUCAUCAUUUCUACCCGAGCCUCGCUGGUCAGAUCGAAGGUAUUCUGCGGGACGGGAGAUGCAACGCAACACUCGCCCGCUAUUACAAUACUUCAUCCCACUUUGACUCGUGUCGCGAAUGUAGACCGCAAGCCUCGAUUAACUGUAUCCUCGACCAUUUUGACUCCGUCACAAAGGCGAAUAUCGCCAGUGCUGCCGUCAUUCUUGGUCUGCUGCCUGCAACACUCUCUUCGAUCGGUCUAAGCUAUGUGGAGACUGGUAUCUUGGCUCUCCGACGUCCUGGUCUGGCAUUCCUGUUGGCAAUUGGCUCACCUUCAGUGUCGCCAAUCAAGACCUUUGACUAUCGUGGUCCUUCGGAGAUUUUGAGGAAAGACGACAUGGCAAUGAGGAUGGCAAGGUUGGGGCAGCCUGUACAGACCGCAGUGUUCCUCCUGGAGUACCUUCUCGCAAUCGGAGCCACUGUCAAUAUCGGUGUGGUCACUUGGCAGCUCUGUGUCCGUACCUUCUGCUCCUUUGCGACCGACACAUGGUAUAUGCCAUCGCUCUGGCCUCUCACGGCGAUCGCCAUCCACGUCGGAGCAGCUCUAGCUGUAUUUCUCCGGGUCCGCUUCGAGCGCCAAAAGCCCCAGGGCCACAAAUCGUGGACGUUGUUCGAUGUGUUGCGGAACCAGUGGAUACCUUACCGGGACCAGCCUGAGAUGAUCCUAAAACGGCAGGCAGAAACGAUGUGGUUCAUCAUGCUGUCUUGGGUUCUCUCAACCGGCACCGUACUACAUAUUGUACUCGGCACACUUGUGUUCUCAAGCUUGCUUCCCAUCAGCACCUCGGAUGCCGUGCAGGUCGCCGCUCGGUACGUUGCUUCGGCGGUCGUCUGUCGAGCUGUCCUACAGUACGAACUGGCUUGCAUGCGGCAGGACACGGAGGUGGAAGACGAAUCUCGAUCAAAGUCUAACGUAAAUCGUGUAUAA